ACCUCGAUUCUCUAUCGACCCCUGCCUGCAUAAUCGGCGUCGGACGUAUUUCUUACUGGCAUCUCGCUGUCGCCGCUCAGCGCAGACAGCACGAAAGAAGGGCGGGCGCUCUCCUCGGACGAAAAGAGAAGGCAUGGACGCGUAUAAGCAGCACCUGCGAUAGCCGGCCCCUCGCCCUCACUUGCGCAUCCUCCACGCAUCCUCACUCCUACGCACAUAGUGGCAGUCUCCCCGCCACCCGAGCCGACCAUAUCCGUCUGCUUUGGGAGGAGGAAAAGGAAUAGACCGCGAUGAAGGCCUUCUUCUCUUCACUGCGUGAACGGCGCGACAGUCAGAGCCGUCCCGACCGAAGCGGUCCACGACCUCAUGCUGGGGACGCGGCCGGCAGCAACGGCGAACUGCACGAUACCUACGGCACGCUCUCGUAUCGCGAAGCCGCGGCACUCAAAGGUAUCGGUCCGAGUACAUGCACUGCGGCUGCCGCGCCAUUCGCAGCUGCAGUUGACACGAACGCCGUCGGCGCGGGUCCAUCAAUAGCGCACGUCGUCCGUCCAUCACUCCAGCCGCCGGCACCGAGCAUCGGCACACGACGCAAAUCAUGGGGCCUCGCUUCGCUGUCAGGCCAGCAUCAAACGCAUGGGGAAUCCCAGGCUGCUGCCGCGGGAUCCGGCACGUCCUUGCCGCAGUCGAAUCAGCAGCAGGAACAACAACCGCAAGGCCGUAGCACCGUCCCGCUGAUCCCACUGCAUCCACGACCACCGGAACGCUCCAGCUUGCUCCCUGCUGCGCAGGGUGGCAGCGGCAUACUUCCGCGGAAACGCUCCAUACGAUUGAGCACACCGAACCAAAAGUCGUCCAAAGACGGCGGCAGCAGCAGUGCGGCAUCGCAAUAUCCGCCGUCAGACAAAACGAGGCAAGCGCAAGUCCAAGCGCUGGACGGGACCUCACUCGCGACCAAGCUUAACGAGCUCGCGGUGGCCUAUGGAGAUGGUUUGCUGAGCAGCGAAGAGUACCGCACGUUGCGCCAAGGCCUUUUCGCGAGCAUGCGAGCAAAAGAGCUGGAGGUACCCAUCGAUCACACCAUCCAUGGCGUGCCUGCUGUCUUUGCGCAGCCCAAGAGCCCAACAGAGGUAGCAACCGAGUCGCCGCCGCUGGCGAAUGGCAAAGCAAAUCACAAGCCAGCAUCAAUCCACUCGACGAAGUCAGGCCACUCGCACCUCGUCUCUCUCUUCCGCAAAAGCAGCAACGGGAACAAAGCUGACGCGAGCAUUGUCACGCCUACCACAUCGCCCUUGCGUGAGUAUCCACCCUCUGCUUUCCAAGGCUACGUACCCGGGCCCGACUCCUCCUCUCAUCACGGUCACGGCUCUGCAUCCGAUCGCGACUCGCUGCGUCCGCCAUCCAUGAGUCGUGGUGGCAGUGGCGGCAGCGGCGGAUCUUCGCCUGGCGCACGUGCGCGUUCGGGCACAGGUGCGAGUAGUUUCAGCUUCAGUGCCGGCGGUGGCGCCGGCGCUUCGAGCGCGUCGACACUGUCGCGCUUCCGGUUCGCCAACCUGAAAGGCUCGCAGCGCAUGAGGGAUGAGGAGAUGCAGCGCGAAUUCUCCGCGGCGCGUAACGCACGCUCCAUCAUGCUCGGGCACACAGGCAGCACCGGCGGGGGCAGCACGGAUGGACAUUCGCUCUUAAGCGCCGCUGGUGCUGCUGGUUGUGCGAGUGGUGGUGGUUAUGUCGAUGGUGAUCGCAGACUGGCCGAAGAAAUCAAAGCGGAAAUCACCACCGUGCAGAUGGAGCGCGAGCGCCUGCUUGCGAGCUUCGAAGCGCUCGAGCAGGCGGCCCUUGUGCGGUCGCCCGCGCGUCACGUCGUGCGCAAGGCCAAAUCGGUGGGCAUGCUUCGCGCUGGUGCUGGCUCUGGCGGAUCGACAUCGGUCACCACCACUGACGGGAGUGGCGCUGCUGGCACGCUGGGGGAAACAAAUGGCGGAGAUGCGGGAACAGCAGGGAAGUCGCUUAUGCGCCGCUUCUCCACAACAUUCAACAAAAAGCGCGAGAGUGCCAUGGUGGACCGCACGACUGCUGCCGUAGCCGCCAAGUUGACGGACUACGCCGAUGAUGACUUUGCAGCAACAACAGCAGCUGCUGCGGCUGCAGAUAGCCUGCUGGCUUCUACGAGCCUGGAUGACGUAGAGCUGAAAGCGGAGCAGGAGCGCCUACAGCAGGAACUGUUGGGCAUCGCGGCGCAACGCGAGAAUAUGGCGCGGCGGUACGAUGAACGCAUCGCGUACCUGCGCAGCACGCUGCGCAGCGCCAUGAUCAAGGUGAAGGCGUCAAAGUGAACGACCCAAGGCGGCUUUCCUGCCGAUUGUGGAGCGCAGGUGAUCGGCAACGGACAAGGCGGAUGUGUGCGUCCCCACCUAUUUUUCGUCAUUGGAUGAU